AGGUUGAUCAAUGAGCUACGAGUGACGAGCUACGAGUGACGAGCUACGAGUGGAAUUUCUGUUGGUCUUUAGAAUUUUUCAGUUUCUAUGGAGAUUUUUUGAUUUAAAAGCGGGUGUGGUUUUUAAUAAGUUAAUUGUGUGGGUGGUGGUGGGAGUGGGAGUGGUCGUAACCAUGGGAGAUUUAAUUGAGGGGGGCUGAGACCAGGAUUUCGCAUCCGUCGUCGUCAUUGCCCAAAUCCCCUCGGAGUAACCAUAGCAACCAAUAUUUCAAAUUUUCCUAUUUAAAAAAUUGUACUUAAUUGUUUUUUUUGUAAUAUCCUUAAUUUGUAAAAGUAAAAUAAUUUGUGUAAUUUUACAAAAAAUAAUUUUACAAAAUACCUCUGUAAACUUUGUAAUUUUCCAAUUACCUUUUUAAAUCUAUACACUUUGUAUUUCGUAUCUAAGGAGAAAAGUUGGUAACCAUGGAAACUUAAAAUAAAAAAAAACCGGACUGUACAAUAACCAAGGAAACGGAUCUAAAACUAACGGAAAGGAAUCUGCAAUAAUAAAUAAAAUAAAGACAAAAAAGCUGUAAAUUUAGUGCCAAAAAGCAGGGAAAAUAAUAGAAAAAUAGUUGCCAAGUAAUUUAUUUUAAGGGUAAAAAUAAGGCUGUGAUUUUGAGAGAGCUUUAAUUUUUUAGAUUAUUUUUAUUAUUAUGUAAAAAAUAAUAAUAAUUUCCAUAUAAACAUGUUCACUUUUUAUCUGUAACCGAAAAAUGCCUCAAAUGAAGUGCAGUCAGUCAAUGUCGUCCUUGGCGACACCUGAAAAUCAUAGAAAAUCACCAACAAACACAAGAUUAUGCUCGUCGUCAAGGAAACCAAGGCGCACAUUUGAAAAGAAAAUGUGGCGACGAUCUUGGGGUUCCUACGAACGUUCCUAUGACGACCGAGGAGGAGGUGAGGACGAUGUGCAAAUGCAGGAAGAAGAAAUCCAUGGAAACCUAAUUUCAAAGGUAACGGUGGAAACGAAUCUUGGUCAAUUUUUGGAAGAUUACACCGUUAUUUGCGAUUGGUUAAAUUACGCACAAGUUCAAAGGGGAAAUUCCGCGGAUGCGGGGACGCUGAGUGAAUUGGGAACCGAGCUUUUGAGAAGACAACCCUGGAGGAUUCAAAUUAAUGAAAAUGCAAAGAGUUUGUUGAAGAGCUUCCCGCUCUUGAAGGAAGAAUGCGGCUGGCGGAUGCGCCACUUAAAUUCGCAGUGGGACGCGCUGGAAAAAAUCCUCUUGUGCCAAAGCCCCGCCGUUGCCGUGGAAACGGGGAAAAAGUCAGGUAACGACUCCGGGAUCGACUGGCUGCGUGAGUGGCUGAGCGAAAUGGAGGACCAGCUCCAGCCCCUCGAUUUCCGAACACAAUGGAAUCCGGAACUCGUCAAAAUCCUCGUGGAACAUCACAAGGGUUUACAAAGCGAAAUAGAGUCAAAAAGCGACAAAGUUCACGAAUCCCUGCGUCAAUUUGAGGAAAGUGCUCGGGAAAUUGCCAAGAAAUCGCGAUUGGAGAAACGAUGGUGGCAACUGAGGUUACGCGUUUUGGAGUGGAUUCAACACUUGGAGGGUGUCAGGAUCAAUCUCAAUAAUCAGCUUAAAAAGGGCAACAAAUCCAUCGGACGCGAAAGUGUCUUAUCGAGUGACGAGGAAACGGCGGAACCUCUGACAAAAUAUCGUCGCCUUGGCAACGGGGAUAUCAAUUCCGUAGCAACAGAAGAAGUGCAUAGCAACGAAGAAUUUAAUUUUAUCGAUGAAGAAAAAGACGUUGUCAUGGGACAAUUACAUGAUGAUUCCGUUUGCAUUACCCCACAACAAUCUCCACUAUACACACCCACUUCAGGCUCCUCCUCGAGCAUAAACUCCUCCCACUCGAGCCACACCCACUCCAGCUCCAGCUCCACCUCCCAAAACCUGAAGCGGAAACCCACCCAUAAAAACUACUCGAAACUGCCCCCCUUCGACCACGCCCCCCUCAGCCACGCCCCCUUCCACCUGGACGACCUCCUCGACGGGGCCAACAUUUCCACUUACUAUUUCAAACAUAGCGAGCAGAAGGAGAUGUUGUCAUGCCAACCAACCAGCCACCCACCCUCAGGCGUUGCCAUGGAAACCAACAGCGACACGAUCGCAUUUUCGAGCGGCGGUGAAGAUAAGUUGGACGCCGUCCAAUCUCAAAAUCAGUCGCCGAGCAACGUGGAAAGUGAAAACAUGGAUUUUAAUCGUGGGUUAACAACGAUGGUUGCCAUGGAAACAAAAAAUAGAAUAAAAUUAGAAAAAGAAAUUGGCGAUUUGGUGGAAAAAGCGGAGGAAUUAGCUAAACGGAAUUUUAAUGGGGGGGAUUUUCUGGGGGGCUUUAUCAGCAGUGGUGAAGACGAAGAGUGUGAGGAUCCCGUUGCCAUAGAAACGAGUGUGAGUGCGAGUGCUAAAAUUAAAGAUAAAUCAUUUGCUAAAUUAAAGGAGAAAUUUACGAAAAUGGAGGAGAUUUUGGUGGAGACUAGGAAGAAGAUCAAAAGUGGGGGGAAUUGUGGGGGUGUGGUUCAGAGUGGUGGGUGUGACGCAGGGGGUGUGGUGGGUAAAAAGUUGAAAACCGCCCGGGUGCGGCAGUGGGUGCGGCAGAAUUCCAAGGAAAAUAGCGAAAAUCACCAUGGCAACGCUGGGAGGAGAUUUAAGCCACCCCCCACGACGACGCCUGGUGGGAGCUGCGACGCAAGCGCAGAAUCCGACUCUUCCUCCCACUUUAGCUCCACCUCCUCAGACGACCCCACGACGACGACGACCUCGACGCUGCUGCUCCACCAAACCCAAGCGACGCUGAAUUUCCUUAGAAACCGGAGCUCAACCAGCGACGACUCCGCAGCGGAAUUUGUUUCAAAGAAGAAAAAACCACGCCCCAAAAGUUUCGAGUUUCAUUCGAGCGACACUGCGGCGUUUCUCGGUGGUGGUGGGUGUGGUUCGGAUGAGUCACUUGGGAGGAGGAAAAGGGUGAGGAAAAGGGGGGGCAGGAGGAAGUCGGAUGCUGGGGAAAAUGUGGGUGUGGGUGUGGAGAAAGCAACCCCCGCAAUACAAUCACCAAAUCACCAUGGCAACCCCCUCCGCCCUGUGUUCCAAAUCUCAGGCCCUGUCUCGGAGAAAUCCCCACCCCCACCGCUGCCUCUGCAAACGAGCGACAUGGGAUCGUUAAACACGGAACAAGAUUGGGACAGUUAUCAGGAAAAAUACCUGAGCGAGCCGUACAGCGAGGAAGCCUACGAUCCGAACGACACGUUGAAAUUGCUCGCAUUCGGCGAGGAUUAUGGACAAUUCUUAAAUCAAAGGCCCAGUUCGGGAUCCAGUUUUGCUGGUGGGUUUGAGAAACGAAGGGGAGGGACCAAAAUGUCCUCCACUUCAUCCUCCUCAGACUCUGACGAAAUCACGCAAAAAUCUCAAACGGAGCUGAAUUUCGUGGAAAAUUUGUUUAAAAAAUUCGUCGCCACGGGAGAUGAUUGUGAUUUUGUAACCAUGGAAACCGCGUGCCUCACCGCCCUCUCAUCCCCCACCCCCCUCCACACCCGCUGGCAAACGCUGCACCAAAAAAUCACUGAAACCUCUCGCCUCACCCAAAUCUCCAAGGAAAUCACCGAUUUGAAACUAAAUUUCUCCAAAUUUUACACGACUUUCGAGCAUUUCGAGCCUUUUGAUUCGAACGAUUUGGGAAAUUUACACCACAAAAUCGGAAACGUUCAAAAAAUGCUUCAAGAAUUAAUGGAUCGGAAAUUAACGUUGCAAAAUUUAAAUUCCGUUUCCAUGACGACGAGUAAAUUUUUUAAUCAAAAUCAAAAUCAGGAAAUUAAAAAUCAGCUCGUCGAAUUGUAUCAACUUUAUGAAGAGAAUUUUCAGCUGGGAACGUAUCUCCUCGAAAAAAUGCGUUAUCUCCAAGAAGCGUGGGAAAAAUUUGAGCGGGAAAAGUCCGAAUUUGAAAGAUUGAUGCGUCCGAAAUUUCGCAUCAAAGAUUUGAAUUCUGCCGCGUCCACUGAUUCUGGUCACGUGACUGACGAUUUCCACGAUUCGAGCGUUUCGGACUCGGAUUUGGAAGUGGAGCGGAAAUUACGGUUGGAUAAUUUGAAAAAGAGCGCCAGUGAAAUUACUUCGUGGUUGCCCGAGUCGAGUCCGGUGGUGGGGUUUAUUGAGAUGAGAGUCCACGAAGCGGAGAAGGGCUUUGAAGAUCUGCGCGUGAUUAAUCCAAAAAAGUCGUCAUGGAAACCAAAGAAAAUAAUAAAAAAUCGCCGCGGAAAGGAAAUUCGACGCUCCCCGCCAAGGAAAUGGAAACUCGUGAGUCACGUGGUCGGUUUGAAUUUCGCGCUGAUGGGGCUGUUUUUAGCCGCCGCGUAUUUCCUGCACCCAAAUUGUUGCGAGUUUACAAACACUUUUUGCUUCAGUCUCGUUCCCCAUUUGACACAUGAGUCGAGGCCUCCGAUUUAGGGGAUUUUUUGGGGUUUUUUACAAAUGUGUAACCAUGGAAAUAUACUAAAAGUUUCUAUGGAAACGAAAGUAAUUUUAGUACAAAAAUAAUAUUUUUAGAGAGUUUUAUAUAUACAAAAAAAACCAUGGAAAUGUACAAAAAAUAAAGCACAAUUUUUAGAAAUAAA